AUGGUAUCAAGAACCACCAUCGCCAUCUCUGGACCUCUCCUAUCUGAUGAGAAGCUCUCGUCCAUGAGAAGCUCGAUUAUCACAGAGAUCGCUCCAGCUUCCACGGCCUUGUGCCUGUUCCUUCCCCAUGGACAUAUGUUCACCAAUAUAUGCAUGGCAGCUUUCGUCGCCUUGUACGAGAUCUGGUCGUCCAAGAUCUGGACGACCUCAGUGAAAACCGCUGGCUUCAGCGUCAUAAUCUGCAUUGGAUCCGCUACUUCAAGAAUGUUCUUGAGAAGCAAGAUUCUUGAGGACUGUCUCCGAGGUCUCGAGAUGGUAGAAAUCAAGCCCAUCUUCCAAGUUGCUGUUGCUUACGAUGGUGGCCAAGAACUCCGGUACUCCUGCCGCCUCCAAGCACCGCUUGUUGGUGGCGUUCUCGGAUACAAUCUGACGAAGUCGUUUGAGACACUUGACCUGGAGGUCUCGGGGUUGGGAUCCUCUCGACGCCGUAGGAGGCUGAUUCCGGUAGAGACUAUCACCGGAUCUUUCAUGAUCUCUAGAGAGAUGGGGCAAAGGAAGAAGGGAGGAAUCUCGAUCUCAUCAUCCAUUAAUCCUCCGGAAAAAUAA